AUGGCCACCCUCGACGCCCUCGCAUUCGUCCUCGGUGCCCUAACAGCCGGAGGCGGAAUCACGGGCUAUGUUCGAACGGGCUCACUUCCUUCCGUCAUUGCCGGCGUGACUGUUGGAGCCCUCUACACCAUUGGCGGCGCACGCAUUCGCUCCCGUGCCACCUACGGCGUCGAGUUCGCUCUCCUUGCAUCGCUGGUUCUAGCUGGUAGCUCGAUCCCCCGCGCGAUCAAGUCUGGAAAGCCGCUGCCGGCUGGGCUGAGCUUGUUGGCUACGGUUGGGCUGAUUGCUUUUGGGUCGGCCUGGUCGGGACGGGUGAGGUGA